ACGUGACCAAAUCAUCCAAUAGAAAGGAAAGGGAAAUUCCCUAAUUUUGGGAUUUCCAUAUGCUUUUAAAAGAAAGAUAUCACGAAGGAAAACAACGAAAACUCAAAGCUUUAAAUGACAUAUACUGAAAUUUCUUUCGGUAUUUAGUUAGAGACAAUGGAGCAUGAUGAUUCUUAUGACUCUGUGGAGAAUCCCAUGGUGAAAAUGGAUCAUAAUGGGGGGAUAAUCUCAGAGUACCACCACCCAACGGAUGAGCCAUAUGUAGAGAUUGUUGAGCAGCCUCAGGCCCGGGGAUUCCGAUUCCGAUACGAAUGUGAGGGACCAUCUCAUGGGGGACUCCAGGGAGAGAAGAGCGAGAAAUACAGGAAAACAUUUCCCUCCAUCAGGAUACGAAACUACAGUGGAUCAGCUCGUAUUGUGGUCAGUUUGGUGACAAAUGAAGCAAUCCCUAAGCCUCAUGCUCACAAACUGGUGGGCAAAAACUGUUCGAAUGGAUCGUGUAUUGUCGAAUUAAAGCCCAACCAGAACACAGUCACAUUUCCAAACUUGUGUAUUCAGCAUGUGACCAGAAGAAAGGCCAGUGAGGUGAUAGAGUACAGAAUACUAGAGUCCAUGAAACUCGAUAAACAAGUCAAACUAGGAAAUCUCAACGCCCAAACGGAUUUAUCAGAUGAUGAAAAAAGCCAGGCUAGCAGUCAGGCCAGUCAGUUAGCCAAAGACAUGCAGCUGAAUGUGGUUAAGCUGUGCUUCCAGGCUUAUCUCCGCGACGAGAGCGGCAAAAACUUCCACCUCCUCCCACCUGUACUGUCUACGGCUAUAUACGACAGCAAGGCCCCUGGAGCCAAUGCCUUGAAGAUCUGUCGUAUGGACAAAUAUGGAGGCUGCUGUACUGGAAAUGAAGAGGUCUUUCUACUGUGUGAAAGAGUGCAAAAAGAUGAUAUCCAGGUUCGUUUUGUGGAACAGGACGAUGACGGAAAGACAAUCUGGGAAGCGUUUGGGAACUUUGGUCCAUUUGAUGUACACAGGCAGUAUGCCAUUGUCUUUAAGACUCCAGCCUAUAAGAACCCUAACAUAGACAGACCAGUGUCUGUGAUCAUCAUGUUACAGAGAAAGUCAGACACAGAGACCAGCGAACCCAAAUCCUUCACCUACUACCCACAGUCAUUUGAUAAGGAUGAGAUUGCCAAGAAGAGGAAGAAGACCCUCCCCAGCUACCCCGGUAGUAAUGGCUUUGGGGGAGGUACAGGGGGAGAGGAUGGUCGUACUAACUUAAACAGCAGCUUCCACAAUGGAGCUCUACCAUUCGGGCCACCUCAAGGAAAUAUACCUGUAAUGGUGAAUGAUUCAGAACAAUCUUUGUCAAAUGAUAGUCUACAUAAUCCUUCACCAAAGAUUUCCAAUGCCACAAAGAGACGCAUUAAUAAAGCCAAGCGACAGGGCCUGAAACCGGUGGAUAUAGAGGUAGACGGGGGGAGGAUUCAGGGACUACCCACCAUCAUCACCGAGCCAUCUCAUCUCCAGGUAGCUGGACCACCUGACAUUCACGUGACUCAACCCAACUUCCAGCAACACCCCAACAUCAACCUGCAACACUUCGCACAACUCACAGCUCAGAGUUUCCCACAUCAGAUGUUUGUACCCCGUGGGGGAGGGGGAAGACCCACUAGUGUCGUGGACGCUUCUAAUGACAGUUCUUCUUCAGGGAUGGAUGAGGUGGAUGCUACAGUGUAUGAUGGUAGAAAAGAUAUACAUCUAGAUAGGGAUGAUUCUGUGGUUCUUCGUAAGGAUAUCAUGUUGACUCAGGAUACGAGCCCCGACUCAGGGCGGGAAACCCCGGAUGACAUUGAAAGCGAUGCUCCUGUAGCAGUCCACAGUGUGGAGAAAAGUGACAUUAGUGAACUUAAAUCUUCAGAUAUUUCUGUUAAAACUGCAAACCUAAAGCUAGAUAGUGUGGCUGCUAGUGAAGAGGAUGUUCUUGUUGAACCUGUGGAGCCAGACACAGUAGGAAAAUCUGCAAUGGCAGCAUCAGAAACAUGUGACCAAAGUGUUCAAACAGACAAGGAUGAGGUGGUACGCACGACAGAGAGAACGGUGAAGGCCCUACAGACGUACGCUUCAACUGGAGACAUACGGCAGCUAUUGUUAGUACAACGCUACCUCACCUCAGUACCGGACCAAAAUGGGGACAUCCCCUUGCACACAGCCAUCAUUAAUGGUAACAAGGAGGUUGUGAACAAUUUACUGGAUGUGAUGCAGACCAUGUCAAACCUCUGGCUUAAGAUCAAUGCCUACAACAACCUUUUACAGACGCCCCUCCAUCUGGCUGUCCUUACUGGUCAGGAGGAGAUCAUUGACCGUUUGUUGUGUGCCGGCGCCAACACUAAGUUACCAGACAGAAACGGCAACACUCCUGCUCACCUGGCAGUGCAGACUGGCAAUACCAGCUGUUUGGCUAAACUUCUAAAAUAUCAGCGACCAUUCUCCACUCCUCAAAAUCCAUUUCCUGAACUCAACAUGAAAAACUUUGAUGGAUUUACACCCGCUCAUAUAGCUGCACAGAAGGGAAAUCUCCAAGCCAUAAAAUUACUAGUACGCUGUAAGGCUGAUAUCAACAUGGCAGAUGGUAAAAGUGGGAAAACCCCUCUCCAUUAUGCUGUGGAGGAGGACGACCUGUCUGUCAGUAGCUACCUCAUUCUGGAGGCUGGAGCUUCUGUGGACUCUGUGUGUUUUAAUGGGAACACAGCUUUACAUAUAGCCUGUGGUCGACAAAACAGUGGCAUGGUGGCUCUAUUAAUGGCCGCAGGAGCCAGUCCAGAAAUAGAAAACUCCGAGGCUUUGAAGACUGAAAUUUCAAGUGAAGAUGAGGAGGAGGAUGUAGAAAAGGCUUUACCAGGACACAAACCUAGACAUUACGCAGUGGGCAACACCAGGAUCCUGAAGAUUCUGAAUGGUGAGCCCUAUGGGGGAGACUCUGUUAGCAGUAUCAAGAGUCUGUCUGGAAGGACAGAUUUUUACCUGGAGGCCAACAGUCUGCUAGCUUCGGAGGAUUUCCAGACUGACACAGUUCCCCCCUCUCCCCCCUUGACAUCCCCUCCCUCCUCCCUCACCUGUCCACCUGCCAUCAGUGUGGUGCUCUCUAGCAGUGAAGAUGGAGACAUUGACAGGAUCAGCUACCCUGUGCGAGUACAGCUGUCUAAGCUGUUAGAUCCGCUACAGAGCGGCAGUGACUGGGUAGCCCUGGCAGAGCGACUGGGACUGCGGCAGUCUGUGGAGGGACACCAAGGGGGAUUCAGUCCCACCAGACUCCUCCUCACCUUCUACGAGUCGUGUGGAGGCACGGUAUCCAAGCUGUUGGAAGCAUUGGUUGCUAUGGAGAGAUAUGAUGCAGUGGAGUUAAUUAAUUCAGCACUAAGUGUUCAAACAGAUGAUUGGAAAAGAAGAGCCAUGCAAAGAAGUGUUACAGGGGGUCGAGGUGAAGGUCAUUUACAAGUCACACACUAGCAGCAUAGUAACCAUGGCACCAAGAAGUGACACAUGUCUCUAUUGCUAAUUUAAGAAUCAGCAUUAACAUUUCUUUGACUGUGUGGUUCGGAAUUGUACAUACAAUUAUUUUGAAAUGUUUAUAAUGUUACAUGUACUGGUAUGAGGCUAUAUAUUUACCAUUGUAAUACUUGCCUGAUAGUAAAGCCUUGUAUUGUAUUUUUUACUGUAUUGGGACAUCUGAAUGAUUGCAAAGCUUAACUGUGUGAGAAUUCCUUUGUUUGCUUUGUUUGUUGAGAAACCAGCUGUUACCAAUGCAUGCAAAUUUUUAGACACUGAAUUUUCUAGUUUUUGUAACACAAAAUGCUUAAAGUAGGUUAGAUUGUUCAAUAUUUUAACCUACAUAGUUUAUAUAGAUAAAACACAAAAACAAAUUCACAUCAGAUGAGAAUAAGCUGUUAUCAUUGAGAAAUCAGCAGUAAAAUGAAUUAUUUGCUUUCAAUAUAAUGAUUCAGUAUUUUGCUGUAUACAUGUUUGAAUCCUUAUAGCAAAUACCACUGGCUGGUAUGAUUUUAUUGAUGCAGUAACUAGUAGAACAGGAAGCAAGUAAAAAGAAAAGAUGUGUAACAAGAGAGGAUGGUUCUUAUUUAUGUUAUGUAUGCCUAAUAUAUAAUAGUUUAUCACGAUGCAUUUAGAGCCAACAUAUGUAAAGAUAUUAGGAGGUGGACGGGUUGGAAUAAAUUGAGAGGGCAUAUUUUUUUCUUCCAGUUUUUUGUUAUUUUCUGUCCAUAAACAAUGUACAAUGGUACAUGUACAUGUGUUACCUCUAUGUAUAGUUAUAUGUGCUAGGCAGAUUUAUCAUAUUCAUCUUAUCAAUAAAGCUUGGCUGUAAAGUGA